CCAAAAAGAGGUAUAAAAGAAAGAAAAAAAAACGCCGGCGGUAGGAAAGAAAUGACACCCGCCAGCGCCGCACAGCUCGACUAGUCGCCUUUAACACCAAAAGCGGCCCUUUUCAUUGGCGCACGUUUCUCUCUUCAGAGUUAGCGCAGCUUUCAAGCAAUGUCUAAAUUACUGCUGGUUGAUGUCGACUGUGGGGUGGACGAUGCUCAGGCUCUGAUGAUGGCCCUGGCAGUGCCUGAUGUGAAGAUUCUAGGGAUAACCUGUGUUCAUGGAAACACUUCGCUUGACAACAUCUGCAAAAAUGUGCUCAGAGUUCUCAAAGUCUGCAAUCGACUGGAGAUUCCAGUUUAUCGAGGUUUGGCAAGACCCCUUCUUCAAGAACCCUUGACUCCCUCUGAUUUCCAUGGGAAGGAUGGAUUGGGAGAUGCUCCUGACCCAGAUGCCCCUGGAUUAGAGCUGCUGCAAAAGGAAGGAGCUGUAGAAGCUAUGAUCAGGAUAGCUAAAGAAAAUGAAGGCCAGGUUUGUUUGGUUGCUACUGCCCCACUGACAAACCUAGCAUCGGCAGUGAAGCUCGACCCCAGUUUUCCAAAGAGGCUGAAAGGGCUCUACAUUAUGGGAGGCAACAUGGAAGCAAGAGGAAAUUCAACUGUAUGUGGAGAAUUUAACUUUGCAGCUGACCCUGAAGCAGCCUACAUUGUUUUGAACGAAUAUCUGUGCCCAACCUACAUUGCUACUUGGGAGUUUACUUGUUACCACAAUUUAUCCUGGGAAUUUUGUUCUGAAUGGAUGAACCAGGACACAGACAAAGCCAGAUUCAUGAAGAAAAUCUUUGCCCACAGCAUUAAGCAUUCGGAAGGCAAUGAAUCAGAGAAUGAAAUGCUUGCCAUAAGCGGGUUUAUAUCUUGUGAUUCCUAUGCAAUGGCUGCAGCUCUCGAUCACUCCUUUGUGACACAAGCCUGCAAGUGUGCCGUGAGCGUGGAGUUGUCAGGAAAUCUGACAAGGGGAAUGAUGGUAGUGGACGACACUGGUAUGCUGAAGAAAGAGCACAAAGUCACAAUCAUGAGGAAAUGUGAUUUGGAAAAGUUUAAGAAACUAAUGAUGGCUGCUUUGGAAUAACUGGUGUCAUUUGAAACAUUCCUAACCCUGGGAUAAUCGAGAUCUCUGGGACUGUUUCAAUUAUGAAGGCACUUUACCUCAGGCUCAAGGAUUAAUACGUUUUAAUUAAUUAAUUAAUCAAUAUUUAUCUUAAGAAAAGCAGGAAAACUGAGGAGUACAUGAAAACAAUGUGCUCUGUUUUGUGACACCAUGUACUCUUUUCAGACAUUCAUCCAUCCCUUCAUAUUUGAGCCCACUUAUUCCAGUAGUGCCCUUCAAUAUUGCAGUGGAUUAUAAGUGGCAGAGGGGCACAUUGGUUAGCACUGCUGCCUCUCGCAUCAGGCGUAUUGGGUGGUCUCCAGUUUUCCUCCAGCAGCCCAGAUAAGUGUGUGUUGGGUUAAUGGGUGAUUCUAAAAAGUGCCCCCCGGUCUGUGGAGGCCUGCCAUCUCCUCCAGGGUUGUGCCUGGUGCUGCCAGGACUAGUCAUUGGGCCUCGUAUGCUGUCUUGUGCCCUGAGAGUUAAUAGAUUGUGCUUUAGGAAUUAGAUUCUUGUCACGCUAUGGUUUCUGUGUCUCUCUGACUGUAAAUAAAGGCCCCUCUCUCUGCAUAUGGAGGGGAGUGAGGAUUGUCUUUUUUUUUUAAUCUACAGAGUACCAUCUUUGAUUGUCUCUACUCAUGGGGGGCUAUGAUUAAACCUGCCCCAGUCUAAAUGUGAUGAGUGAGUGCAGUGUACACUUUUGAAAUUCAGCACUGGACACUGGUACAAUGCAUAUUUCAUCACAUGUGAAUGUCUCGUCCAUUACAGUUGUUGUUGCAAAUGGAGACCCGCUUUAGUAUGUCUUGUGACUGUGUGCCAGGCAUGUGCGGCAUAUGGAAGCUCACACUGGCACUGAAAACCUUACAAUGCGCACUCUAAAUCAUGCGUGUGUACAAACGCAUACACAGUGUUUAAGAUUUGAGUAGCAUUUGUCAGAUUUACACAAACAUUUUGCUUCUUUAAUGUAUUCUUUUUUGACCACUAAUUUGUUUAACUUCAUAAACUGUUCAUUGAAGUGCAGCUUAGGCUUCUAAAAUCAUAACAUUUUGUUUCUCAGAGGAAGCAUUCGCUACUAGAAAGCAAUGUUAGGCAGCGGGUUGAUUAGCCGACUAACGACUUUUUUGGCUGUGGGGAGACUGUCCAAUCCACACUGACGUUUAUCAUCAUCUUUGUGCCUCCUAAGCAGGACCCCCGCUAGCACCCAACACAAAGGCGUACAGUAUACCGAUUAAACAAACCAUUUAGCAGCUUGUGAUUACAGGCUGAACUUCCAUCUAAAAAGACCCCCGGAAGGAGGAGUUGCUCUGGAGUGAGGUGGUGGGAAGUAAGCUCGGUUAAGUGUCUGGACCCUUCCUCAAGUGAGUACGUCUUCCAAAGGGCAUAGAAAUAAUAAAGGGGGACAUUUGUCAUUUGCUGCCAGCUUCUACCAGGGAAACACCCACUGCCUUGGCACUCAAAAGGAAUUUACACAGCAGCUACUCGGCCAGCCCUCGUUUAUUUGUAUACUUUAUCAGGUUGUUUUUUGAUUACUGUUGAAACUGUACUGCUUGUGACCCCCCGUAGUGUUCAGGACUAUUCUUGUUGCAGUUUUCCUUUUUUUUUUUUUUUACAUGUGAAAAUUACAUUUUGAAUAGAGCAUAGAAAUCACAUACUGAAUUUACAUGAAACCAGCAGAAAAUGUUGAUUACGCUAGCUCAUAAAUGUAGUAUUGUCUGAAAGUUCUUAACUAUUUGUUAGUUAUACCUAGUACAAGAUAUUUGAAUGUUGGUUAUUUGUUUCAUUCCAACAAGUCUAAUAAUAAAAAUGUACUUUCAAAUGCAUAUUUUUCCAAAAUGUGUUCUAUAAUUUGAGAGUGUUAUUUUACUUGCAAAAUUCUAAAGAGAUUAUCUUGGGAGUUAUUUAGAUAUGUAACAUGAAUUUUGCAUGUUUAUUGUGAUUUAGCCAACACUU